AGGGGAGGGACGUCCGGUCCAUAACAACACCAUCACCAGCAAGAUUUGUCCAGCAAUUAAUAGGUGCGCUUGAUUUAGCAAUUCAGCUCGCCCUGCGCGGGUAGGUCUAGAGGGGGGUUUCACUUUGUGACCGUUCCAUUGGUUCUACAGAGCGACGAGGGGACGAAAUCAAUCGCUGUCCAUCAAUCAUCCAAUCACCAGCGCAUGCAGCGUAGACUGUUUUGUCAAGUAGCGCAGACUGUUUUGCCAAGUAGCGCAGUUGGAAAUACUAGUUUGGCAACUAGUGAAUUUGUUCCAGUACAACCUUUCGUUUAGUGCAAACGAUAGCUUACAGAAUCGGAUAUCAACACAACAACCAUGGAUAAAGAGGAGGAGAGGGAAGGGGAACAGCGUGAGCCCGUGGAAGGGUUUUUGGGGGAGAGAAGACCGAGUAUCAUGAGACUACAGGGGAUGUUGAGGAGAGUCUCCCAAAGUCCCUUCUACAAACCAUACAGGACUCCUAUCCCCUCCACUUCAGAAUCCAGAGAUUGCUCCAUCAAUGACACUCACCUGAAGCAGAAUGGAAUCAAUCGCAGCUUGUCAAAAGAUAAUCCAUUAUUCUCUUAUAUGAAAGAAUCGAGCAGUGUGACUAUUGACGGGGACACUGAGAAUCAGGAUUCAGAGGUUCUACGUCAGCAGAGUUUAGCCACCAUCUUUGCUCCUCCGCCUGAGUUUCAGAGCACAACAGAGGACAUCAAACCUGACAAAAAACAGACGGACAACAACCUUCAGACCACACCAUCUGAUCAGCAGACAUAUAUUUUCAAAACCAUGUCUGAAAGACGGUCACCGGAUCUCUUCAAAACAACACCCCUAACUCAAAACACACCAACAAAUUUGAGCCAUAGUCCUUUAUUUGUCACAACUUCUGAAAGACUGGAGCUUUGGAAAACUCCUUCAAACCAACAGGACCUAUUCAAAACUCUGCCGUCAAAAACACCAGACACAUUCCAAGUUCCUCCCACCAAGGGAGAGUACCUAUUCAAUGCUCCUCCCACCAAGGGAGAGGACCUAUUCCAAACUCCACCCACCAAGGGAGAUGAUCUUUUCAAUGCUCCGCACACAAAGGGAGAUUACCUAUUCAAAGCUCUGCCCUCAAAAACGGCAGACAUAUUCCAAGCCCCUCCUACCAAGGGAGAUGACUUCUUCCAAGUGCCACCUACAAAUGGAGAUAACCUAUUCCAAGCGCUACCCACCAAGGGAGAUUACCUAUUCAAAGCUCCGCCCUCAAAAACGGCAGACAUAUUCCAAGCCCCUCCUACCAAGGGAGAUGACUUCUUCCAAGUGCCACCUACAAAUGGAGAUUACUUAUUCAAUGCUCCUCCCAACAAGGGAGAGGACCUAUUCCAAACUCCACCCACCAAGGGAGAUGACCAAUUCCAAGCUCCUCCAACUAAGGAUCAUGACCUAUUCCAAGUUCCUCCCACCAAGGGAGAUGACCUAUUCCGAGCCCCAUUGUCCAUUCAAAAGGACCACUUCCAAUCCACUCCUUCUGACACACCCAAUCUCAUUCAAGCCACGCCUACUAGGUCAAAUGACUCUUUCCAAACUCCCUCCUCCAAUGUGACACCAGACAUCUUUCAACCUCUGCCUUCCAGGACAUGGGACAUUUUCCAUUCCUCGCCCAAUGACAUCUUUCAGGGUGCCUCUUUCAGUACUCAGUCUACAGUCAAACAGUCCACACCUUUAUUCCAGACUUCAUCAGGGCAGAAAACAGACAUCUUCUCAGGGUCAGAUUUUGAGAAGACUGCUGAGCUCUUCAAUGCAUCACUCUCCAACACGCAGGCUUUCAACCUUGCAACACCCUCUGAUAAACAGUAUGACAUCUUCCUGAUGACCCCUCACGGAACCAAACAUGAUGUUCUCCGACCCAACCAUACUGCUUUGAAACAUGGUACCCUCCAGGCCAGAUCCAUGUCCCCCACGCAGGCUUUAAAUGGUUCCCCCCAGGUGAAGACCUCCAACAGCCCUCCCAAACCAGCUCCUCGAAAAAGACAGCCCAAGCUACCAAGUCUUAACAAAUCAGAGGAGGAGGUCUUCGAGAACAUUCUUCUGACUGGCCAGGAGAGGUGUGUGGAGGAUUGGCCUGAAGACAGUCCUGAGCUCAAUCCUGACUGGAAACCUUCUGGCAAGCUGAGGCUUAGGAGGGAGUCAAUGAAGGUGGCAGCAGACUCUGAUGGGGGGAGUGUAGAAGAAGAACUGGAAGAGAAUGGCCCUGCAAAACGUGGGAAAACCAAAAAGUUCAGGGUAUCCUUUCUUUCCAGAAGAGGGUCAAAGGAUAAAUAUUCUGAAGACCUGAAGGAUCGUGACAGCGGCACACUACGUCGAGGAUCAAAGGAUAGAUUUUUUGAAUCCAAGGAUGGAGAGAGCAAUAGUCUCCGUCGGCGGUCAAAGGAGGGCUUUCUGGAUGAAGACUUCUCAAAGAAAGGGGUAGAUGUCUUCUCUGCAGAUUACGAAGAUAAGGAGAAUUACAUGGAGCAUGGCAAGCCGAAGAAAUCAUUCAAAUUCAAAAUGCCCCUUGUGCAUCGCAGAGGAUCUAAGGAUCGAUUUUCAGCUGAACGUCUUGAAAAAGCUUCAGGCCUACAUUCGCCUCAACAUAGAGCUAAGGAGGGCUUGCUAGAUGAUGACUUUCCUCAGAAGAAAGCAGGUUUCAUAUCUGCAGGGGAGAAUGAAGAUGAAGAACGGAAUGGGAUGGAAGACUGGAAACAGCCCGUGGGUUUGGAUGAGAACUCUGAAGAGGAGGCAGAAGAACGUGAUGGGACGAGUGCAUUUGAAAAAAGUAAACGGGUCAAAAUUAAGUUUGUGCCUCAGAGAGGGUUCGCAAUCUGCCUCGAAAAGAGUUCCCAGGAUGAACCAACAGGCGCUCGUGGAUACACACCUCGCAGAGGCUCAAAGACGCUUCAUGAGAAACCUCUUGUUGAACUUAAAGGUGCCAAUGGUUAUACACCCCGCAAGGAGUCCAAGGUUAAUAUUUUUGAGGAAACAGAAGAAGUGAAAGGCUACGUCCCUCAGUCACACCCCAAGCAGAGCUUUUUGGAUGAUUACUUACCUGAGAAGGGGGCAUGUUUCUUCUCGGCAGGAGAGGUAGAAGAAUAUCAACAGAAUGUGAUGGAAGACUGCAAACCGAAGAAACCGUUCAAAUUAAAAGUCCUACAUAUGAAUCGUCGGAAAUCUGGGAGUGCCGAGGAGAAUCCACAGAUUAGUAGUACACAACAGUACUCCCCACAAAGGAGAUCAGAGGAGGGCUUUCUGGACAGUGAUGUGCCUCAGAAGGGAGCAGAUCUCUUCUAUGCAGGACAGAUGGAAGAUGAACAGAACGAGAUGGAAGACUGGAAACCGAAGAAACCUUCGAAAUUUAAGAACCGACUUGCAAGUCGGCGGAAGUCAAACCCAAUCCAGGAAACAUUUCUACAUGAAAAGUCACAGAUUGGUUCAGAGCGCUACACACCUCGACGAGCAUCCCAUGAGGGCUUUCUGGAUGAUGGCACUUCUCAGAGGAGGUCAGAUCUCUUCUCAGCAGGAGGGAAUGGAGAAGAUGAUGAACAGGAUGAUAUAGAAGACUGCAAACCGAAGAAAUCAUUCAAAUUUAAAGCCCCUCAUAAGCAUCGCAAAGGAGCUAAGAAUAAAGUGAGAGAUGGAGGGAUGACUGAGUACCCACCAGGAGCUACAUCUAGUGACUACUACUUUUCAGAGGCUGCAGAGGCUGAGUGGCGUUCUGCUCAGAUUGACGAACAGCUUGCAGAAGGUCUGGAGGAUGAGGAGGAGGAAGAGGGGGACACUGACAGCUUGAUGGAGUGGUGGAACACUGUGGAACAAUGGGAUGAGCUGCCGUCAGAUGAUGAAGACAAGACGGUGAAGGACGAUGAGACCAGGUCGUUCACCCUACUGGCAGAGAAGGUGCACCGCGGCCUGAGUGUCUUCAACAAGGUGUUCACGGAGCGUGCCGAGGUCCUCUGGCAGUACGUCAUCAAGCUCCACGCCCUUGCCGACGACAUCACCUCCUUCCAUAAGAAGGCCAAGAUCGGCAACAUCACCGGCGGCACCACUGCCGCCGUUGGGGGCGGCGCAGCCAUCGUCGGCCUGGCCCUCGCCCCCUUCACCUUUGGCGCCUCGCUCAUCAUCACGGCUGUGGGCGUCGGAGUGGCAGCGGCCGGCGGGAUCACGUCGGCCUCGGCGACCAUCUCGGACAACGUGAACAACAUGCAGGACAGGAAGAAAGUGGAGGUGGUUCUGGAGGAUUAUGAGGCGAGGAUGGAGGAGUUGGUGAAGAUCUUGAGGUUUGUGUGCCAGGGGCUGUAUAGACUCAGGGGGCAUCCUCUCCUCCGGAGGGGAACCCAGCACUACUCUGGAGACUGGGAGGUCCGCAGGGCCGUUCACAUGGUCAGCCUAGUGGAUAGACCAGUGUUGAGGGCCACAGAGGUAACAGAAGGAGCUGCUGUGGCCCUCAGGGGCCUCUUCAAAGGAAUGGAUAAAUACUUCACCAAGGACUCCCGUGAGCUGAAGAAAGGGUUUAAGAAAGAGGUGGUGUUUAAGAUUAGGCAGGUAGCUCAGGUGCUGUAUGAGGGCCUGGUGGAGCUGAAUGCUAUCAGGGAGGAGCUGCAGGAUGCUAAUGGCAAUAUAUAAAAAACUACAACUCCCACAUUGCAACGUGUCUUAUGCGACUCACGGCCCCCCUCUACUGUUUAAGAUCUCCUUUUUCUUUUUUUUUACAUAAACCUAACAAGGACUUUCCCAACUUUCAUAAUGUUCCUCUUUAAACGAAAAGGAGAAACUGCCUUGUGAUAACUUGUUUCAAACUUUGAUUGUAUUCCACAAUUCGGGCAACUAUGCAGCACGUGAAGCUUUUACUUACAAAUAAUUUGUAUGUAUAACUUUACUGGAUUGUAAAGUAGUAGGCCUAUGAUCUUGGACACGUGUUUACAACUAGUUUAGGCAUCUAAACAUUCCUCAGCGCUGUUUUUUAGGCACACAGAAAAUCACCUGACAACUCAUAUGACACUGGAUUUAGAGAUUUCGCUUUUUGCCUCACCGUGUGUGUGCACUGACUGAAUGCUUUGUAAAGCAUCUGUUCCAGUUAUUUCCUUUAUUAUUGUUCAUAUGAUAUCAUGUAGCCAUGGGAUCUAAUCUAGCUAUUCUUUUAAUACCGAGUAUAUAUUUCAACGCUAAUAAAUAGGUUACUUAUCCUGUAACCAAAUGAAAUGUGCAAUGUUGAUAACUAAUAGUGUAAUGAGGUAACUAUUGGAAUUGUGUUAAUAAAGAGAAUUAUGCAUUUGAA